CUUGUGAGACUUUAUUCAUUCUAAGACAUCUGGUUAGGAUGAGGAUUAGGAGGAAACAAUAAAAGCCAGAAACAGUAUCUUUCCCCCCUCCAGUAGCAUCCUGUCAGCAACGCCCUGUAUCCCAGACCGGCAUGCGUACACACAGACGCACUAAGCGAUGUCAUGCACUGAAAGAUCGUCAUCACCACUGCUGCUGAGGAUGUGUGUGAGUGUUUCGACGUGAGCUCGGGACGGAUGGAUUUCAUGAAGGGAAUACCGAGAGAAAGCAAAACAUGACAGGCAUCCUGUUCCCCUGAUGAUUCUCUGGGAUGCAGUCAUAGUUUGAGGCCGGACAUGAUUUUAAUCACAGGAGCUGCUGUAGUGGAUGCGGGACGAUGUGCGCCGCACCCCGAGAGAUAUUGAUGAGGGGAACAUAGCUCCGUCCUUUCAUAUGCCUCUGAACCCAUCCGGAUUUUUCCAGGACUGUGGCGCACCGUGAGCAUCUUGGAGGUUUUUUUCCUUUCUUUUUUCUCUCUCUUUCUUUUUCCUCUUUUCUUUUGUUCUAGCUGUCUGGGACUGUUUGGGGAACCCUCUGAUGUGGAGGGAUUGUGCUGUUUUGUCUGAAGGCAUCAACUGAGCACUGUUGCUCUCAGCCAGAGAGGAGAAGCAGGACGGAGCUGCUCACCUGGUCAUUUCAACACACAGUAAUAACCUUUCAGCAUGGCUGAGAGGACAUUGGAGCAGGGCCAGGUCAGCAUCCCCAUGGAGGAGACCAAACUCCCUGGUGGAGGACCUCAAGAGGCGCCACUGCUCACCCACUUGAAGAAAGUGGAGAACCACAUUACUGAGGCUCAGCGUUUCUCCCACCUCCCACGCCGCUCUGCUGUGGACCUGGAGUUCAAUGAGCUUUCGUACACCAUCCGUGAGGGUCCCUGGUGGAGGAGGAGAGGUUAUAAAGCUCUCCUCAAGUGUCUGUCUGGGAGAUUCAACAGCAGAGAGCUGAUUGGCAUCAUGGGUCCUUCAGGAGCCGGGAAAUCCACUCUGAUGAAUAUUCUAGCAGGUUACAGGGAGACGGGCAUGAAGGGCCAGAUAAUGGUAAACGGUCGACCGAGGGACCUGAGGACCUUCAGGAAGAUGUCCUGCUACAUCAUGCAGGAUGACAUGCUGCUGCCACACCUCACUGCGAGAGAGGCCAUGAUGGUUUCUGCCAAUCUGAAGCUGAAUGAAAGUAUUCAGGUCAAAAAAGAACUUGUGGAUGAGAUCCUGACUGCACUGGGUCUUCUGGAAUGUGCUCAGACACGCACCAGCUGUCUCUCUGGGGGUCAGUGUAAAAGACUGGCCAUUGCCCUCGAGCUGGUCAACAACCCUCCUGUCAUGUUCUUUGAUGAGCCCACCAGUGGUUUGGACAGUGCGUCCUGCUUCCAGGUCGUUUCCCUCAUGAAGUCUCUGGCUCAGGGAGGACGGACAAUCAUCUGCACCAUUCAUCAGCCCAGCGCUAAGCUCUUUGAGAUGUUUGAUAAGCUGUAUAUCCUCAGUCAGGGUCAGUGCAUAUACAAGGGUACAGUCCCGUACCUCAUCCCGUAUCUGAAGAACCUGGGCCUUCACUGCCCAACAUAUCACAAUCCUGCUGAUUUCAUCAUUGAGGUAGCGUCAGGGGAGUAUGGGGACCUGAAUCCAGUAUUAUUUGAGGCUGUCCAGGGUGGACUGUGUUCAGAGGAGAGCAAGAAGAACUCCAGAGACAAAAGUGACUCCUCCUGUCCUUCUCAAUGUCACAGUGACACAGGAACCCUUGAGAAGCAUAGUUUUGCCACCAGUACAUUCACACAGUUCUGCAUCCUCUUUAAAAGGACCUUCAUUACGAUAUGCAGGGACAUGGUGCUGACCCACCUCAGGGUGAUGUCCCAUCUGUUUAUUGGAGUGCUUAUUGGCCUGCUUUAUCUCAAUAUUGGAAAUGAUGCCAGCAAGGUCUUCAACAACACUGGCUUUCUCUUUUUCUCCAUGCUGUUCCUCAUGUUUGCUGCCCUGAUGCCCACCAUCCUAACCUUUCCUCUGGAGAUGUCCGUCUUUAUAAGGGAACAUUUGAACUACUGGUACAGCCUGAAGGCCUAUUACCUGGCCAAAACCAUGGCAGAUGUACCGUUCCAGGUGAUUUGUCCAAUCAUGUACUGUAGUAUAGUGUACUGGAUGACUGAACAGCCACCAGAGGCAGGUCGCUACCUGCUCUUUAUGGCCUUGUCCACGUCCACGGCUCUGGUAGCCCAGUCCUUAGGUCUGCUUAUAGGUGCUGCAUCCACGUCUCUGCAGGUGGCAACUUUCGUGGGUCCAGUCACAGCCAUACCUGUACUCCUCUUCUCUGGCUUCUUUGUCAAUUUUGACACCAUUCCCAAAUACCUACAGUGGAGCUCCUACGUUUCCUAUGUCAGGUACGGCUUUGAGGGAGUGAUACUCUCUAUCUACGGGAUGAACCGGUCAGAGCUGGAGUGUCCAGGCCUUGUGUGUAAGUUUCAGAAGCCAGAGGAGGUCCUGCAGCUGCUGGAUGUGGAGGAUGCAAAGCUUUAUGUGGACUUCAUGGUGCUGGGGGUUUUCUUCCUGAUCCUCAGGCUGGCUACUUACCUAGUUCUGCGUUACAAAGUCAAGUCAGAGCGUUGAGCCAUCCAGAAGAAGCCACUGAUGGAUCUGGACGCACACACAUAUCCUGGCAGUGUGAGUUAGUAUGUGAACAUUUAGUCUUCUCAGUCUCUAUUUCACAUCAUGUAAAAAGGCAUACACAUAAAAUCAUCAGAAAGCACCAUUACCCAAACUGUACAGUAUAAUAUUACCUUAAAAUGGUUUGUUGUUGAAGAAAAAGGAAAGAGAUUGUGGAGAGUUGUUCUACUCCCUGCCCAUUAUAAGUAGUCCUGUCUCCUGGAGGAUAUUGCUAUUACUAUCACCAUUACCUUCCAGAAAUAUUGUGUAUCUGCAUUAUACAGAAACAGAGCACCCAACAAAGUAACAGAAAGCAUGUUUCUUUAAAGUGAGACAUUUGGAUUUCUACUGAUUUCCAAAUAAAAUAAGAAAGUAUCUGGGUUUAUACAGAGCCACACUAAAUUCGGUGUUUACUAAGGUCAUCCAAGGUCCACACUGUUAAACACUCACUUGGUAAGCACCCAUCAAGAUGCCCCAGGGACAAUAUUUCAAGAUGGAUAAACUCUUAUUGCCAUCAGGAAAAGUGGAAGCUUUUAGUGCCACAAAACCUUUGUGUGGCUUUUCACUCUCCUGUAGGAUCAUCUCAUUGGGGACUCUUACCAAGACGCUGAACAUGAUGACUUUCCUUUACAGACAACAUCCUUAAAAAACAACAACUGCCAUUGGAUGACUUUGAUCACUUUCCUUCUCCAGUGUGGAUCAUUUUUCCAUACCACUGAAGGUGGCAGAAGAAAAGGAUGAAAUGUUUGUAAAAAUGUCAAAAAAAAAGACUGAUAUGGUUUCACAUUGCGAGAAGAGCCUACGAUUCCUAAACUUGCUCCUUAUUAUAUGUUUGUUUCUGCCAUACAUGAGGAAGCAUUCAGUGAACUGGGAGCACAAUGUGAAAGCAAGUGUGACUGCUGUUAACAGCCUGAUGCUGAGGGCUGCCUUAAUUGUACUGAUUACAACGAGAGUGUUUUAGGUGAUGUGCAAUAGCCCAUUCUAUAGUUAGUGAAAGUAAUGUUUGUCUAAUAGGUGUCUCUCUUUUGACACGAUUCUUCGAACUGCUUGUUUCCACUGGUUGUAUGCCUCUUUAGCUGCCUCCUCCCUGAGCUACAAAAAGGAAAUAUCCUUUUUUCUCUUCUUCUCUUUCUCUCUGCUUUGCUGAUGUGUGACAGAUGUGAGUUGUCCAAAACAAUGCUAGAUACUUGAAAUGCAGGCUGGGCAGUUUUUGUGCCUCUGAACUAGAAUGAUUUGAGUUUUUUUCUGCUUAACUGUUUGCACAUACACUUUAUGUCAACAUCCAUGCAGGUUCUCACACACACACACACACAGGUACAUGACAGACAUACACACAAACACACACACACACACACAAGCAAGCACACAAAUUCACCACUGGAAAUGUUUAGAAGAACCUCUCCUCACAGGGCAACGCAAAGAUUUUCCAAUAGACAUGCUAUGACAUAUUUCUUACUCAAUCUAUGCUACUUAGUAAUCCUCAUUAUAUUGCAUAAAAUAAUGUGAGUAUAUAAUCAAUGAUUGUACAGUGAAUAUGUCAUGCUGUAAACAAGAUGUAUAUUUGCACUUUUCAAUGUAAGUUUAUUCUCUUUUUAUUUAUUCGUAUUUAAACAAUUUUUAUUUGUAUUUGAUUUUUUUUUAAUCAAUGUCAUGAGUUCUGCUCGAAAGUAUAAGGGGAAAACAGCAACCGAACAUUGCAUGUUCACUUAAGGAAUGAAAUUUAUGAAAUAUUAAAUUUCAGAGUAAGGCAUAACAAUUUUAUUUUCUCAUCCAAACGUAUGCAUCCUGCCAUGUUUGAGAAGAUGUGAACCCUCUUCUUUCUGCUGAACAUUUUUAGAAGAUCUGGAAUUGAGUGCGUCACUGAUGUGGAUAUAAAAAGAAAGAAUCAGUGCGAAGGUAAAAGGUGUGAAAAUUGCAGAUGGAAGAAGGCAAGAAAAAAACAACCAAAUGUAUCAUUGCGUAGCUAAAGAGACUGACGCUCUCUUUAAGAACAAACUGGACCAGACAGCAGAUCAGUAAUCACUGAUGGAGGUUUGGAUUCUGUCAUUAAUAGCAAUAGUCAGCAUUGUGAUGUUUCAUUGUUAUACCUCCUGCUGUGAUAAUAAGUCACUUUAUAUGUUUUAUAUUAAGAACUUGAUCCUUUUGUUACUACCAGUUUUAUCAUGUGCAAUAACCAUCCAAAGGUAUGAAGGGAAAUGUGAUGCUGCAUUCAGUUUCUUUUUUUUUUCUCAUCUUUUUAUUUCAGUUGUUCAGAAACACAGACUAAUUUAAUGGACAUGUUUACCACAUGACCCUCUUAAAGAUGGAUGCUGGAUAAGCUUAAGCCACCGGGCAGAUGUUGCUAUUUUGAAGUCAGAUCCUGUCAAGUUAAUUGGUGGGUGCAGGCAAUUGUGCAGCACGGGAAAAAUGUUGCAUAAUGUCAGUAUGACAGAUAUGUGUUUUAGCCUUCCCCAAAUGACAUCAAAAAGCCAGAAAUUCAUAGCAGGCCUGCGGGUAGGAUGUAUUAUGAUUAAAAAGUAGAAGAAGAUGUGGAAAAAGAAGCUUAACUGCAGAAAAGAAACAGUUUCAACCCUGGAGAAAAGCAGGGAUAAUUAGCAGCACUGAAGUCAUUAGCCACUCUGGGAAAGUCUCAUCCUGAAGUCUAAAGGCCUGUGGUACCAAAGAAGAAAACAAAUCAUCCCUUCUCUACUUACAAAAUGUGAAAAACAGUGAGUGCACUUCUCAGCGAGAUUAUGUUUUAAAAAAUGUCAAAGAUCUGACCAAAGAAAGUGCUCUGAAAAGAUGUCCACAAUGUUUGCAGGAA